GAAGAUGGCGACCCGCAGGGACAGGCUUGGAGCGGCGGAGGCAGAGGGCAGUGCGAGCGGCGCGGGGAGCGGGGGAGUGGAGGUGGUGCUUCUCUCCGAUCCCGCCACCCCUGCCCCGCUGUGCCCUCACGGACCCACUCUUUUGUUUGUGAAGGUGAACCAAGGCAAAGAAGAGACGCGGAGGUUUUAUGCCUGCUCCGCCUGUAGGGAUAGAAAAGAUUGUGAUUUUUUUCAAUGGGAGGAUGAAAAGUUGUCAGGAGCUAGACUUGCUGCCCGAGAAGCUCGCAACCGAAGAUGUCAGCCGCCUCUGUCCCGAACGCAGUGUGUGGAAAGGUACUUGAAGUUCAUCGAGUUGCCACUGUCUCAGAGAAAGUUUUGUCAAAGGUGUCAGCAGCUGCUGUUGCCGGAUGACUGGGAGGGGCAUCAGGAGCACCAGGUCGUGGGGGAUAUUUCUACCACCCAGUUAAGAAGGCCCAGUCGGCUCCUCUCUCCACUGGAAAAUAAGAAGACGAAUGCCCAGUAUUUGUUCGCUGAUAGGAGCUGUCAGUUCUUGGUAGACCUGCUCUCCACCCUUGGGUUCAGGAGAGUGCUGUGUGUUGGAACACCACGGUUGCAUGAGCUGAUCAGGUUGAAAGCAUCAGGUGACGAGAAGUCUAACAUUAAAAGCCUUUUACUGGAUAUUGAUUAUCGGUAUUCACAGUUUUAUAUGGAAGAUAGCUUUUGCCAUUAUAACAUGUUUAACCAUCACUUCUUUGAUGGAGAGGCUGCCCUUGAAGUGUGCAGGACAUUCUUACAGGACGACAAAGGUGAAGGAGUCAUCAUGGUGACAGACCCCCCUUUCGGUGGCUUGGUGGAACCUCUGGCUGUUACAUUCAAGAAGUUAAUUGCUAUGUGGAAAAAAGGUCAAAGCGAAGAUAACACUCACGAAGAACUACCCAUUUUCUGGAUUUUCCCCUAUUUUUUUGAAUCCCGAAUUUGUCAGUUUUUUCCAAGCUUCCGCAUGCUGGAUUAUCAGGUAGAUUAUGAUAAUCAUGCACUUUAUAAACAUGGAAAGACAGGUCGGAAACAGUCUCCUGUGCGUAUUUUCACCAACAUCCCACCCAGCAGAAUAGCCCUUCCUGUGGAGGAAGGGUACAGAUUUUGCCCUUUGUGUGAGCGAUACAUUUCCCUGGAGAACCAGCACUGCGAGUACUGCGGCUCUUGCACGUCCAAGGACGGUAGGAAAUGGAACCAUUGCUUUCUCUGCAAAAAGUGUGUAAAGCCUUCCUGGAUCCACUGCAGCACUUGCAGUCGCUGUGCUCUUCCAGAUCAUUCUUGCGAGGGCCCCAGAGACGGCUGCUUCGUUUGCGGGGAAUUAGAUCAUAAACGCAGUGCUUGUCCUAAGAUCUCUGCUUCUAGGAAAGUUAACAAAGCUGUCAGAAAGCAGAAGCAAAGGAAAAGUAAUAAGAUGAAAAUGGAGACCGCUAAAGGACAGUCCAUGAAUCAUACGUCUGUUACAAAGAAGAAGAAAAGGAGAGAAAGAGUCCAUCAAUAUCUUUCCUCUUAAAUGUCCAGUGACUUGAGAAUAAGAGAGAUUUAUAGCCCAACCUUUGAUGUCAUUUUCUGCAAGUGCCCUGCUGGACUUAAAUUCUGUCAUUUUCAAAGGUGUGCACCUUUCUGAGCUACCUAACAGGCAGGUGGUAUUUGCUAGUUUAUAGGCCCCGUGGCAGUAUCUCUGGGGGCCCGGGGAGCUGCCCCAUCCUUAGCGGGUUUGCUGGCUCUGUCUCUGUGUCUCCUUCCUCUCUUUCAGUCCCUUCUAACUGUGUUACUUCAGCCUCUUUUAUCCGACAAGUGGGCAUGUAGCAUUCUUUUGCAGAGUCAGAAGAAAAUGAAAAUGUGAAGUUUUAUUCAUAUAAGAAUAUGUUACAUAGGAUAAAUGUUUUAAAUUAAAUAUGAAAAUACUGUACAGUGGCUUAAACCCCACUUGUAAAGAGAAUUACAAUGACAGUUAUUUUUAGACAGAAUCUGAAAAUGAUGGAAAGAAUUUUGACAAAGGUUGUCUAAAAGAGAAAUUCUAAUGAUGGUCACAUUAUUAUUAAAUAUUUAUUUUUCAAAUACUUUUUGCCAUUGUCCUUUGAUGGUACAGAGUCACCCAGAUGUUGGUUGACUGGAGGAGGUGUUGAGAAUUCGGACCUGCUCCGUGGGCCGACUCUCACCCAGUGCGCGUGUCUCCCGUUCUUAUGCAGUGCAGAAGGCCGCGCAGCCUGGAGAUUGAACCUCCUGGUUCCCGCACUGACGAACACUGCCUGGCCGUGCAUCCUCGGCCAGGUUAUUCACUCUUUCCUUAUCUUUAAGUUAAUUUAUUGUUUCCUUCGAGAUAGUAUUAAUAUAUACUUUCUACAGUUGAGGAUAUUGAUUCUCGGGUACAUAAAGGAAUAUUCUCAUACUUUGGAAAGCUGGUAACCGUGGCUGACUUUAGACCUCAACAUAAGAAUCUACCGCCAGAGAUUUUGUUGCUUACAUUCACGAUGAUGAAAAGAAAUUAGGUGGAAAAUGGGACUAGUGCUUAGAAGCAAAGAAGAGACACGGUUACGAGAUCUUAGAGACGUCUAAAGGGUAGAGGCAAACUCUCAGCCAGUGUUCCUAGGAUCUUUCUGCAGCUCUGUGUGGGACUCGGAGCCGGAGGCUGUGCCGGACCGAACCAGGUGGCUGGAACCGGGUCACCUGACCGAGCGGAGAGAGACUUGUUGGAGCAGCCAGCUGAGCGAGCACGUCUGUCGCACUAUCACUCUGCACCCCCACUGCAGACACAACGAGUAGUUUAUUCCAGUCCCUGAUUUAGUUUUGCCCCGCUUUGAUCAUGGACAGAGUUUCUAGUAGAUCUCAGACACUUGCUUGUCAAGAGGCAGUUCAUGUAAGUUCCCCAGGAUCCUAAGUUCCACAGUAAUUGAUUUGGAGGCUUGAAGACCCAGACCAAGGGACGGGCAGGCCCAUUUUGGGGUGAGGUCUCUCCUGGCUUACAGGUGGCCGCCGCCUUGCUCUGUCCUCAGACAGGCUCUCCUCUGUGGAGGGAGGGACAGAAGCCGGGUUAUUCACUCGUCGGAAGCCUUGGUUCCUUCCUUUGCAGAGUGGGGACAGCAGUGGUUGCACCUCAGGCUUGCUUCUGCGAUGACACACGGAGGCCCCCGCGGCCCCGGCCCUGCUCUCAGGGAGAAAAGCCAGCAGGUGAAGGUGGCUCUGCAGCCCCGAUGGUGACCGUCUGGUGGUCUGGCAGCACGGCACUGAGAACAGACUCCAAGUCCAUCCCCUCGUUUCUCUGCGAGAUAUCUGACGUCAUCUACUUAAGACUGAACAGUUUUGCGUGGCUCAUAUUUGCACGAUGACCUUCCUCAUUUCCAAACACCUGUUUUAGAGCGAGUCUGGCGGCACCUUUGUGUGGGCUGAACUAGGGCCCUGUGAGCAAAAGUGGAAGAGCUGCCCUCCACUGGUGUUUAAAUUCCAUCUGGUAUUUCAGUUAGGCCUGCUGGCCGGCUGGCGUGGCAUACUCGGGCGGGGCCCUGGCCGGCGUCGUGGCAGUGAGCCCCUCGGGUGACACCGAAUGGUGAGCUGAGCUCCUGGGCUUGAGCAUCAGGAAACUCCCCUCCUGCCUCCUUUUUUGCAUGGGUUGCCUUGGUGACAGGAUUGGUACCAUGAGGUACGAACCUUGUCGUGUGACUAUGAGGGCUGCCCUCUCUGACUCGGGCAUGGAUGUGGAUGCUGCCUGACUUUCGUGGUGUCCCCAACGGCAUGGUUCCCCUCUGAAACUCACACCGAGGGACCAUGGCUACUGUAGAGCUGAGUCCUGAUGCACAGUGGUUCUCCUCAUCACUCUCUUCCCUCUGUUUGAGAUGCCAUCGAUUGUAACAUGCACUAUUGAUGUAAUUGUAGCUUUUCAGUGGGAAAAACUCCGUUAUUAAUCGUACAUAUUAAAUUCUAGAUGUGUCUUAUUUCAGAAAUACUGAAAUGUGAAAAAAAAGUACAUCUUAGAAUUGAGGAAGUAGGAUAUUACUGGUGACCAAGAAUUAUGUACUUUAAAACCUUGUUACCUUCUUAGAAAGUUAAAAAUAGAGAAACUAUUGAUUCUGUUCUUAUGUUCAACGAAUACUAAUUUUAAGGACUUAAAUGUCUUUCUUUUCUAAGAAUAAACUAAUAGGUUAUAAAAAUAUCUGUGGGAGGUAGAGUGUGAUGGGAGAUGAGAUCAUUUGUUCUACUCAGACUGCAAAUCUGAAUAUUGAGAUACCUACUCACAACAGUAACAAAAGAAAAUCCCUGAAAUUUGACAGAUAAAAUUUUCUACACUUUUUAAAACAUUUGUCUUAAACAAUUACAGCUAAAUUUCAUUCUACUUCUCGCUUAUAAAAUUUAAUGAAAUAGUCCCUUUGUAGGCCCUGAAUGAUCAGGUUGUUAUUUUCCCACAUUUAGUCCGAUAUUUAGACUAACUUACUUCUCCAGCGGGCCCUGGUCGGUUCAUCCCAUUGCCUUCUGUUGGGACUGUUUUCCUCUCGGGCCGUCUCGUGAGGUCUUGUGGAGCCCGUCAGGCCCUGGCCCCCCCCCCCCCCAUUCUGCUCCAGGAAGCCUGGCAUGAGUCCCCGAUCCCAGCCGAUUCCCGCCUCUCUGGACCCCUGGGUGUCUCCACCACAUUUGAGACACUUUCCAUUAACUGUUUUUUUCCACGAUUAUAUUUAUAGAUUCUAUUUCCCCAGAAGAGUUUGCUAAUGUCAGUAACCACUUUAUACACUUUGAUGUCGCUCACGCUUUAUAGGUGCUCAAUAAAGAUUUGAUGAAAGCAUGGGAUUUUCUAGAGGCUUUCAGCGGGUGGGUGUAUGACUUUGCUAGGCUGCCAUAAUAAAAUACUGU